GCGUCCGCCAUGACGCAGGAGGGCCGCCUCAUUGGUCCGCGCAGUCAGGACUCCGGCAGCUUUUCUCUUGGGUGCUCUGGGCGCCGACCCACUUCUCUUCCUCUAAGUCAGCGCUCCGUUCUUUCUGGUGCCCGGAGCUGCUAGCCCAAAGGGAUCCAGACUGAGCUAGUCCGGGCAUCAUGACAACCCUGGAUGACAAGUUGCUGGGGGAGAAACUGCAGUACUACUACAGCAGCAGUGAGGAUGAGGACAGUGACCAUGAAGACAAGGACAGAGGCAGGGGUGCCCCAGCCAGCAGUUCCAUGCCUGUGGAGGCUGAGCUGGCAGGUGAAGGCAUCUCAGUUAAUACAGGUCCAAAAGGUGUGAUCAAUGACUGGCGCCGCUACAAGCAAUUGGAAACUGAGCAGAGAGAGGAGCAGUGCCGGGAGAUGGAAAGGCUGAUCAAGAAGCUGUCUAUGACCUGCAGGUCCCAUUUGGAUGAAGAAGAGGAGCAACAGAAACAGAAGGACCUCCAGGAAAAGAUCAGUGGGAAGAUGACUCUGAAGGAGUUUGCCAUGAUGAAUGAGGACCAAGAUGAUGAAGAAUUUCUACAGCAGUACCGGAAACAGAGGAUGGAAGAGAUGCGGCAGCAGCUCCACAAGGGGCCCCAGUUCAAACAGGUUUUUGAAAUCCCUAGUGGAGAAGGGUUUUUAGACAUGAUUGAUAAAGAACAGAAAAGCACCCUCAUCAUGGUCCAUAUUUAUGAGGAUGGCAUUCCAGGGACUGAAGCCAUGAAUGGCUGCAUGAUCUGCCUGGCUGGGGAGUACCCAGCUGUCAAAUUCUGUCGGGUGAAGAGCUCGGUCAUCGGGGCCAGCAGUCGGUUUACCCGGAAUGCCCUUCCUGCCCUGCUGAUCUACAAGGGGGGUGAAUUGAUUGGCAAUUUUGUGCGCAUCACUGACCAGCUGGGGGAAGAUUUCUUUGCUGUGGACCUUGAAGCUUUUCUACAGGAAUUUGGAUUACUCCCCGAAAAGGAAGUCUUGGUGCUGACAUCUGUGCGUAACUCUGCCACCUGUCACAGUGAAGACAGCGAUCUGGAAAUAGAUUGAACGGAUGGUCUAGUUGCAUAGAUUUCUCAUUGUUUGGGCUGGAAGAUACAUGUCUGUGUUUAUUUUUGUUCCUUCUUCGUCUUCUGACUUUUCAGCUGUUCUUUGUAGUCCUUUUAUCAUAGAAAGUCAAGAAAUUCUUAGAUUAGAUCA